CUAACGCUGCAACAUACAGCAGUCCCCCCGCAGUCUCUCUCUUCAAGCUCUCUCUCUCUCUCUCUCUCUCUCUCUGUCUGUGUAGGCAAUUAGGAAUGGCGCACUCACAGUAAAACAGAUCGGUGACGUCUCGACGAACCGCGAGUCUCUUUCUCUGAGCUGCUUCAGACUGGUGACUUCCAGACGACAUGCAUUGAGUUCUUUCGUGUUGUAAUAUAGUCGUAAAAUAAGAUGAUAGAAGAAGGCACAAGCAGGGGGGAUCUGCUAGGGAGUACAGCUAGACCCUCACCCUUAAGAGUAGGGGGCAGCUACAAGUCUACUUUGUCUGGAAGGUUGACCCCUAGAGGUUCUCCUUCAUUUCGUAGAGCGCACUCUGGUCGAACACCUAGAAGAGAAGGUAGAGGUGGUGGAGGAUUCUCACAAUGGUUUCGGACCAGCAGGUUGGUGUACUGGUUACUUCUGAUCACUCUAUGGGCUUAUCUGGGGUUCUAUGUACAGUCAAGGUGGGCUCAUGGUGAUAACAAAGAUGAUAUCCUGGGAUUCGGAAGUAGUCCAAGUGAUGAUAUUUCUAAUUCGACAAGUAAUGGAAGAAGGCAUUUGAUUGCCAAUGGUAGUUCCUUAGCUAAUAAAACAGAGACAGUUGAUUCACCGGUAGUAAAAGGCCGUGUGACUUUGACCAAGAAGGGCAGUGCUGGUUUGUCUCGACAAAGUGCUCCAAACAGGAAGAAUAGGAGACCUGCUCGCAAGGGGCGGGGUAGACGCAUUAAACCGAAUCCAAGGGCUGCGGUGGUUGAGGAAAAUAACUUCGAGGAGCAGGAAUUAAAUUUUCCUGAAGAAAACAAUACUUAUGGUUUGCUUGUUGGUCCAUUUGGUUCUACAGAGGACAGAAUACUGGAUUGGAGUCCACAACAACGAUCAGGAACAUGUGACAGGAAAGGAGAUUUCGCUCGGCUUGUUUGGUCCAGGAGAUUUGUGUUGAUUUUUCAUGAGCUCUCGAUGACUGGCGCUCCACUAUCAAUGAUGGAGCUGGCAACAGAGCUUCUGAGCUGUGGGGCAACUGUUUCAGCUGUGGUUCUAUCCAAGAAGGGUGGAUUGAUGUCAGAGCUCUCCAGGAGAAGAAUCAAAGUGCUUGAGGACAAAGCAGACUUCAGCUUCAAAACUUCUAUGAAGGCUGAUCUUGUCAUUGCUGGAUCAGCAGUAUGUGCAUCAUGGAUUGAUCAAUACAUGGAGCGUUUUCCAGCUGGUGGCAGUCAAGUUGUAUGGUGGAUCAUGGAGAAUCGGAAGGAGUACUUUGAUAGGGCAAAACCUGUUCUCAACAGGGUGAAAAAGCUACUUUUUCUCUCGGAGGCUCAGUCUAGUCAGUGGUUAACUUGGUGCAAGGAAGAGAGCAUCAAGUUGAGAUAUGCGCCAACAGUUAUACCUUUGUCUGUAAAUGACGAACUUGCUUUUGUAGCUGGUAUUCCUUGUUCACUCAACACUCCGACCUUCACUUCAGAGAGGAUGCUGGAGAAGAGAAAGUUGCUUCGAGAUUCUGUUAGGAAAGAAAUGGGUUUGACAGAUAAUGAUAUACUUUUGAUUUCUCUUAGUAGUAUAAAUCCAGGGAAGGGCCAGCUUUUGCUUCUUGAAUCAGUGGUUAUGGUGAUUAAGACUAUGUCCCGGCAAGAUGAGCUUAAAGUAAAACUUCCUGCGGGUGAAGCCCAGAAACAGAAUAGCUCAAGUGGCUCAAGUGGGAGGACUGAUUCGAGAGCUCUCUUUGAGCGUUCUAAUAAUUCGGGUUCAAGAAAGUCCCGUGUUACCUCAAAGAAAUCUUCAAAGAAACUUAAGAGGAAACAGCUGCGUCGUCCCUCAGUUAAUGAAGACUCUGGAAGUCUUGAUACUGCUGUCGGAAGAAGAAAAGCACUCUCGGCCAAUGAAAGACAAAAGCAGGUUCUGAAAGUGCUUGUCGGUUCGGUGGGCUCUAAAAGCAAUAAGGUGCAUUACGUAAAAGAGAUACUGAAUUUCACAUUGCAGCACUCAAACUUGUCUAGUUCAUUGCUCUGGACACCAGCUACUACUCGUGUUGCCUCACUAUAUUCGGCAGCUGAUGUCUAUGUGAUAAAUGCUCAGGGAAUGGGAGAGACGUUUGGCAGAGUGACGAUUGAAGCAAUGGCCUUUGGCCUUCCGGUGCUUGGAACCGAUGCCGGAGGCACAAAAGAGAUAGUUGGGCACAACGAGACGGGUCUUCUCCACCCUCCUGGGCACCCAGGGGUCAAACUACUCGCCCAGAACAUCCAAUAUAUGCUCGAGAACCCAUCAGAGAGGGAAAUAAUGGGGAUGAAAGGAAGGAAGAAGGUGGAAAAGAUGUACUUGAAACGGCAUAUGUACAGAAAGUUUGCCCUUGUCCUCUCCAGCUGCAUGAGAUGAAGCGCCAGCCAUCUUCGGACGUAUAGUACUCUCAUUCUUUCAUUGUUUGCAUAUUUCUCCGAAUGGGAGUUCUUGAGUAUUGGAAAUGAUUGUAUCGCUCUUCCAGUGCCCGCUUAUCAUCGAUGCAUUGAGUGGAACACAAAUCACAAUUAGAAAGUGGUGAAGAAAUUAUUUUGGUUGGUUGAAUGGUGUCGUCUACGAACUAUUCUCAAGUUUGAUGAGUGGUCCAUUGUGUUA